AUGAGUGGUUUGGAGGAAAUUUACGGCACCUUGGGCUUCUAUGAUGGCUACAUCAAGCGCAGCACCAACGUCAGCAUCUUCUCUAGCACUUUGACCACAAUUCGUGGCGGGUUUCAACUGUCCGAAUCCAGUGUGUUUCGUAACAUCAGCUUUCCCAGACUCAGCACUGUGGGAGGGGUGUUCAGUCUCUAUUUAAUGGACAACCUUGAAUAUGUUGAUGUCACGGAUCUUCACAGCGUCGGCCACAUCAGGAUCCAUGCCCCUCAACUAUCGACUUUCAAGCACAACGAGCUUCGCAACAUCAACGGAGACUAUUUCAACGACGAUAUUCUCAUAAGUGCUUGCAAGCUUGAGUCGCUUGAUAGCAUCUUCAACAAUAAUAUCAAAAUAAGAAAUGCCGUUGUCGCGAACGUUCCGAGUCUGAAGAGUGUUACCAUUGGGUUCAGUGCGGCCCGCAAGCUUUCAUUCGACAACACAAAAGUUGAUGGCGAACCGUUUGAGGUUAUUUUUGGCGGCAAAAAUACGGAAUCUAUGCAACUGGGCGACGUCAGCAUAUCCGGCGGCGCUGCGUCGGUAAAACGAGAUCCUGGACUACAGAAACUGACCGCGAGAACAUUCACCGUAGAGUCAAACCGCUUGAAGCAUUUGGAUGUGCCUUUUAACGAACUCGGCGGGCUGUAUGUCAGCCACGAGAACAAUAUCAAGUGGGUUUCCGUUCCAGAGCAGGCGAAGCAGUGGGAAGACUUCAUCCUGGUCCUUUCUCAUAAUCCAAACCUGAAUCUAUCAUCUGAAUAUAUGACUUAG